GGGCCGAAUGGCCUCCUCCUGUGCUGUAUAAUUCUAUGAUACUAUGAUAUACACCGCAUCGCCCCGUGCCUGGAAAGCGCAGUCUUAAAAGUCGUUCGAGACCGUCAAUUGUCCCACUCUCUUGUCGAUGUUAAAAUUAGCUCUGCCUUAAUUCAUACCCAAAGUUUAUAAAUUGACGAACAGGCCUAUCCUGCUCCUCAAUAAAUUCAUCAAAUAAAUAAGAUAUAACGUGAAAUGCUGCACAGGCGGGAAAUCUGAAACAAAAACAGAAGUGGCUGGGAACACAGCAGCGAUGGAGAAAGGAAAGCCUGGACAUGAAGAUUACGUUUGGACUGUUUCAUAAAGCCACAACAUAAUAUUUAGCAGUUAAGAUGACAUCUGGUAUUAUUCGGAGAGUAGAAACCUGGCUGGAGGCAACGUGGCAUGUCAAAGUUCCUUCGCAUUGGGUUGAAGCAUGUUUAGAUUGGAUUCAGCAGGAAAACCAAGGUACCGCUUUAAUGCAAGCCCAAAUCAAUAAGCAGGUUUUUGAGCAGUGGCUUCUUACUGAUCUCCGAGAUCUGGAGUACCCCAUCUUGCCAAGCAGAAUUUCAGAAGUCCACAAGAGUGAAUUAAAUGGAUUUUACUGCUUGCAGAUCGAUUCAUUAGUGGACAUUAGUCAGCCCGCUUACUCUCAGCUGCAGAAGAUCAGGGGAAAAGAUAACACCAAUGAACUGAUGACUUCAACACAAAUAUCCCAGAGGUCGUGGGAAGCAAAACCAACCCGAAUGUUGAUGCUACAGCUAACGGAUGGAGUACAGGAGCUCCAGGGAAUGGAGUAUAAGCAACUUCCUGCUCUCCAUAGUAACCUUCCACCAGGCACAAAAAUCUUGCUGUUCGGUAAUAUCAUCUGUCGCUUAGGGGUUCUGCUUCUUAAACCUGAAAACCUGAAGGUGCUCGGCGGUGAAGUGGAAUCCCUUUUGGAAGAAAAUUUGCAAGAGAGAGUACUUGCCAGGCUGGUUGGAGAGUCAGAUGACAAUGUUGUGUCUAGACCUACUCACAAUGGCGAAAAUCUGGUUGAAAGGCCAGAUGGCAUACCUCAGCUUUUAGGCCCCUCAGAUGAAGAGCUGUUGGCUGGUUUUGAUGAAGAUGAUGAUUUGAUUUUGAAUCAGAUGGAUUCUGAAAGUGGGUAUGGUAGCAGAAAUGGCACCUUAAAUAGCGCCACAAACUAUUCACAAACCCAGCCUCGAAUCAGUGCUCUAAGUAGCAGAAGCCCAAGUGUGGAGUCCUACACACCACAAAUAUCGAGAGAAUUGCAAGAUUCAGAUCAGGGAUUUUUAGAUUUUAAUGAUGAUGACUUUGAUAAUUUGCCAUUGGAUGAAAUGGAUGAUGAUUUAUUCUUUCAGGAUGAAAACUUUGAAGAAGAACCCCAGCGAACAGAAAUAGCAAAUCGAUCCAUCACAGGGUCAGAAUUGCAUCAACAAGCAACUAAUAACUUUUCUGGUAAUCCACUACAAAUCCAAGCUGAAUCUAUUAAAUGGGGAAUAUGUAGUGAAAACUCAGGAUCUUCAGUGAGUAGUAGAAAUGCUCAAGAGUCACAAAAUUCACUCAGGGUGACUCCAACACAGAGCAAUAGCUCUAUGGAAAGAACAAAUAAUCCAAAUACAGCUUCUAUUAACCUGGAAUGUAAGCUUAAACCUUCAGUGAAGUGUGAGCCAUUUAAUAUCAAACUGAAACACAGCACUAAUCCUGAAAAUAUAUCUGAACUAAGGUCAGAUUCUUCCAGCAAUAUAAGUAGCCUUUCUCAAGGAAAUGUGGCUAAUAAAAGGAACAUAAAUGGAAACAAUUCCAAACUCUUUUCUCUAGAAUUAGAUUCUCCUCCAUUUACAUACCUAAAUAUUCUUUUGGAUAGGAAACCUGAGAUGGUUACUGUGGUAAAAGUCAAGGGCUUCAUUGUUACCUUACUGGACAAACUUACAAACACCGAUGGAGCGUGGAAUAUUAAAGCUAGAAUUACCGAUGGCACUGCCUACAUCGAUGUGGAAGUUGGUGAUGACAUUUUGAGAAGCCUUAUUGGUUUCUCAGUGGCUGAAAUGAAAGAUUUGAUGAAAGACCCUAGCCAACGGCAGAGGAUUACUGUGGGUCUGCAGAAAUGUCAGCAGGAUCUAGUGGACCUUUGUUGUCUGAUGACAGUUGAAUUUAAUCCUUUUCUUAACAAAACUACAAUUUUGGCCCUCUGCAAAUUAAGUGUAGAAAAUCUGAGGGAUUUAGAACACCGUGUACGUGACACGAUGAUUGUUUUGAAUAACUGAACAGCUUCAAUUUGAGACUCUGCCCACCCUCCCCUAUUAUUUUGAUUAUUUAAAGUUGUUUUUAAUUGUUAUAA